UGUCACUCUGCCAAAUUCACUUCUCAGCUACAACCGAGUCCAAACACCUCCUGACCUCCUCCCUUCACUCUUAGCUAGCUUGAGGCCAAUACGGUGACACUCAAGAGCGUUGGUCCAUAACACUGCCUCCCUUGUCAUCGUCAGAUCAACAUACUUCACGCAUACGGGAAACAAACCUCCAUUCUCAUUUUAUGACUAGCUCAUUAUCAAUGAAUCAACUUUCCAAAAAGCUUAAGCUUUUACUCUUUACAUCUCUAUCAUUCCCAAUUCAACUUUAUUUGAAUGAAUAAGGCCACAAUCGGUAUUGAUUUUCUAUCAAAAACUAUGUAUCUUGAAGAUCGAACUGUUCGGCUGCAGUUGUGGGAUACAGCUGGACAGGAAAGAUUCAGAAGUCUUAUUCCAAGCUACAUUAGGGACUCGUCUGUUGCUGUCAUUGUUUAUGAUGUUGCAAGCCGUCACACUUUCCUAAACACAUCAAAGUGGAUUGAAGAGGUGCGCAGUGAGAGAGGCAGUGAUGUUAUUAUUGUUCUUGUUGGGAACAAAACUGACCUUGUGGAUAAGAGGCAAGUCUCUACAGAGGAAGGGGAAGCUAAGUCUCGUGAGCUAAACGUCAUGUUUAUUGAAGCUAGUGCAAAAGCUGGCUUUAAUAUAAAGGCCCUCUUUCGAAAAAUUGCUGCGGCAUUACCUGGAAUGGAAACACUAUCUUCCACAAAACAAGAAGAUAUGGUUGACGUGAACCUAAGAUCUUCUGGUGGUCAUGAAUCUCAACCUCAGUCGGGUGGAUGUUCUUGCUGAAUGUGCCUUAUCUCGAAGUUUUGUAUCUUUCUGCAUCAUACUAUUUGUUUUGAAAUGUACGUGCCUCAGAUCUGUAAAGGUUCAUUAGUGUUAGACUUUUAACAGCAUUAUAUGAGAAAAUUUAGAGAAA